UUUGCUGGUACAUUUUUCAUUUUUUCCAGUUUUUUGUCUGCAAAUGCAGAUAAUGCAAAAACCUGGAAAAUUAUCAAAAAACAUUUAAAUGCAUAGCAGUGACUUCCUUAGUAACUAUCUGCGCAUGCUGGUAUGAAGGGCUCAUAGGCGUGCCUGACUAUAAGUGCAGGUGUAAGCGCAUCUACUGAAAAAACAGCAAAAAUGUCCAAACAUUUCCUUCUUUCUUUGUGCUGAUUUAUUCAAGACACAGUAACUUGUUUCCCCAAACUGAGAAGAACAAUACUCGACCUUCACACUACACUCCAUAUCUUGGUUAAAAACUGCAUGGCUUCCCCAGUGUGUGCACCUGGGCUCAUUAACCCACCUGACUGUAUAGACAGAAAAUCAUAAGCUUAAACAUACUGUCACCUACUGGCACAAAUGGGAAAAACACCCACAAGAAACAAAGAAAAUGAAGAAUCUGACUCCUACAGCAUUUGUGAAUCUAAAAACUGCACCUUCAGAUCUUCAGUUUGAAAUGUUGUAAUUUAAGUGCUUUAAAGGAUCAUUGAAAUGUGUCUCAGGCAACGUGGCUCGUGGGGCUGAAGUGGGAGUUUAUGUCAAAAAGGUAAAAGUAAAUUUGAUUUAACUGAUCAUCACCAGGUCUCAGUGAUAUAGAAUGAGCCAGCGUCAUCACAGUGCAACAUUCCAUAGAAACGUUCCGUGCCCGCUGUGACUUGAAUUCUAAAUUCUGGUAAAGUUCCUUCCAAGUGGUCAGCUGUUCACUUUCUCCUGGACACUUCACUGCGAACAUACGCAAGAAAGCCUCCCUUGAUAAGAGAAAACAGUGUUAGCUUACUGAACCGUCGGUAAACGCUAUAACUGCCAAAGAGAUGGAUAUUUCCUUUGAGCAAGCUAUGGAAGACAUUACAUGGGAAGAGGUGGUUGCCACGAUCCAUUCGAUGGCUGAGGAUUUGUUGGAGGUCACACCCAGCAACCCUCCACCUGCAUCCCAGCGUACCGAACAAGAUGUCUGCACCCAACCGGGAGCAGCUCCAUGCGGCUCUCGUAAAUUGGUGGCUGCUCCUGCACUGGACGUUGGGCAAUCAGUGCCCAUCGCCCACCAAGGGCCACCCACUCCCAUGCAGGCUGGUUUCACCCCUGCGGACUAUGCUGCACCUUCAGUGGUGUCAAAUGAGCAUGCGGAACAAACAAUGAAUGAAAUGGAAAAGGUGGAAGACACUUUCCUGAUGUAUAUUGAUGAGGACACACAGGACUACUGUACACCUGCACCUCCACCUUCAGUGGCGUCAACUGCAGUUUCUGAGCACGCUGCAGUAGAGGUGGAAGUGAAAAACACGAUGGCCACUCUCUGGUCUUUUGCUGAAGACUCACUCCCACACACAGCACCACCACCAUAUCCACUGCCUCCUGUGAACUCUGCUCCACCUUCAGACACUGCAGUUCCUCAGCACACUGGAAGGGAGGACCGAGGGGAAAGGGGGAUUGCCGCUCCCCAGUUGACUGAGGGCAUUUCAGGAGAGUCACCCAAGUACCCUCCUCCUGCGUCUCCACCUUCCUUUGUCCAGCAUCAGCCAGUGAAGGUCCAGGCUUUUCGUGGAGUGAAUGCUGGGCAGUGUGCACGCCUUUCGACGGUGGUCUCAACCACAGGUCCUGAGUGUGCUGUGAAGGAUGUGGGAUGGAAAACUGGGAUUUUCACACCCGAACAUCUUCCUCCUGAGUCUUCAGCUUCUUCUGCUCCUCUGACUGUUUUUGGUCCAACAGUCAGCACCUGGUCUGGUUUCACACCCUCACACUCUGCUGCACCGUCAGUGGUGUCAAGGAAGAGAAAGAGCAUGAACCAGGAAGAGAGUGGUCCAUACGUGAUGAAGUCACAAAACACUUCUGUGAAGGAGGAGAGGCCUCACGUUGCAGCAGCCGCACUGGACAUCAGCGACAGCGUGGAACCAAACAUUGGCCUGUAUGUUCCGCAAAGAGCCAAGAGGCAGCGUGUGACACCGGCACAGAUGGCUCAGAUGGAGCCUCUAACGUCACAGUUUGUCCUGACUCUUCCUUACGCUGCCAUUCCAGUGACUACGUGUUGCAUCUUUCACCAACCCCAAGUCCAGUACUACAGCCAGUAUUACGGCCAGUACUACAGCCAGUACUACGACCAGUACUAUGACCAGUACUACAACCUUUAUUACAACCAGUAGUACGGCCUCUAUUAAACAUGCUAACUGACUAAGUUGUUUCUAUUUAACAUGUAGUCAUUAUCAUUUUCACAUAUCGUGUCCAAGCUUUAAGGCUUGAAUGUCAUUGUUAUGAAGAUUAAAUAAAUGCAAUUGACCUUA